AUGGCGAGCCUCGCGGACGAGCUGCUCGCCGAUCUCGAGCCGGAAGGCGAGGAGGUGAGUGCGCCCCCGCCGCAGGGACAUGAAGAAGGAGAUACGCAUGCGCUAGACGGCGAGGCAGGCGCCUUUGGCCACGAAGGCGACCAGGAGCACGCCGCCCAGGACGAGUCCGAACUCGGCCUUGCGCACGGUGCAGCGCGCCCGCCGGAGCAGAUGGACCAAGAAAUGCUCGACACGAUGGACUUUGGCAAAGAGAGCUCCAUCGACACCUACAUGGCACAGCCAGCGCCGGAGCUCGCGGGAGCUUUGGAGGAUACGCCCGAGUACUACCUAAUUGUGCGGUCCAACAAUAUGGCCGUCGAGGUCGAUAAUGAAGUUAUGAUGCUGCACAAGUUCAUCCGCGAACGGUACUCGCCACGGUUUCCCGAGCUCGAGACGCUCGUGCUGAACCCGUGGGAGUUUAUCCAGACCGUGCGUGCUAUGGGCAACGAAAAGGACCUGGUGCAGUCGGACCUCGAGGGAAUCUUGCCCCACGGCACCGUCGUCGUCAUCAGCAUGACCGCCUCGACCACGACGGGCCAGCCGCUGCCCGAGGACGAGUGGCAACGCGUUCAGGAGGCGUGCGAUAUGGUGUACGAGCUCGAGGCGAACCGCCGCAAGAUUCUGCAGUAUGUCGAGUCGCGCAUGACGCUCCUUGCGCCCAACUUUUCCGCCCUGGUCGGCACGACCGUCGCGACCAAGCUCGUGGGUGUCGCCGGCGGCCUUGCGGCGCUCGCCAAAAUCCCGUCGUGCAACCUGCACUUGCUGGGCGCCUCCAAGAAGCAGGCGAGUGGCCUGUCGAGCAUCCACGGCAACUCGACGCGCUUCUCGGGGUACUUGGCGCAGUGCGACCUCGUUGCAAACACCCCGAGUGACUACCGCACACAGGCGCUGCGCAUGGUCGGCGCCAAGGCGUCGCUCGCCGCACGCAUGGACGUCAGCGCGUCGGGGACCAAGCGCAACGGGCAGUACGGCGCGAACCUGCACGAAGAGAUUGCGCACAAGAUCGAAAAGCUGAUGGAGCCGCCACCUGCGAAGCUCAUCAAGGCGCUGCCUGUGCCGAACGAAGGCGGGCGCAAGCAGCGACGUGGUGGGCGCCGUGCGCGCAAGUUCCGCGAGAUGCAUGGUCUUACGGAGCUGCGCAAGAUGCAGAACCGCGUCGAGUUCGGCAAGGAAGAGGAAGAGGCCGGCGCCUUUGACGAGACCAUGGGUCUCGGCAUGAUCAAUACCAAGGCCAGCGGCAAGAUCCGCGCCGUGACUGCCAAUGCCUCGUCCAAGGCGAAGCUGUCCAAGGCGAACAAGGCGCGCCUCGCGACGCUCAACCGGCCAUCGCUGUCGCUGCACAGCAGCAGCCCCGGCUCGUCGACGUCCGGCACAGCGUCCUCGCUGUCAUUUACGCCGGUGCAAGGCAUCGAGCUCGUGGACCCCUCGCGCCAGAAAAAAGCGGACGAGGCGAAUGCCAAGUGGUUCCGCGAAGGCCAAUUUUCGCUGCUGCCCGGUACGUCGGGCCAGACGAUCCCUGGCCUCGGCAACAAGCCUGGUUCGAGCAUGCCGCCGCCGCCGCCGCCGCCGCCGCGUUCAUAG